UUCUUUUUUUUUUUUUAAGACGCGGAUCAACAUUGCAGUCAGUGCGUAAUAUCCAUCUGACCAGAAUCCAAACAUAAUCCGAGCGCCACACACGUGAUCCACAAAAUCUCUUUGGAUACAAAUAUUUUUUUUUCAUCUCAUCUGGCCAAAAGCAGAAGGAAAAAUAGGCCGUGGACAAUCCUGUGAAAUCAUCUUGUCCGAUUAUCAGUGCGUUGCUCAAAGAGCUGAUCGGCUCCAUGCCUUGCCGCGUCUCCAGAUGCCCGCUUGGCCGGUGCUCGGCAACUUUGCGCGCCGAUAGAGGCUCACAGCAGAGGCGGGAUCUGAAUGAAUGCGGCUGAAUUUUUUUCUCGGUUCUGUUCUUGGCAUCCAAAGACUGUUGGAUGUGUUUUAUAUCCCGCCGGUCAAACGUAUCUCACGCUAUCAACAGAUACGCGUAGAUAUAUAUACGAUUCGGCGGGCGCAUCACUCCAACACCAGACCGCGGAGCAGCAGAUGUCGAAGAAACGGAAAAGUCCUGAUGAUCAGGGCAUCCAAGAGUCUCCCUCUGCACGGAGCAGCGAGCAGCAAGGCUUGACGGAUGAAAAAGUGAAGGCCUACCUCUCACUGCACCCGCAUAUGCUGGACGAGUUUGUGUUGGAAAGCGUGAGUGCUGAGACAUUAGACAGAUGGCUGAAGAGGAAGACCAGCAGCAGGCCUGCAGAUGACACAUCAACUAAAGAAGUCAGCAAGCAGUACCAGGACACAAACAUGCAGGGUGUGGUGUAUGAACUCAACAGCUUCAUGGAACAGCGCCUGGACACUGGAGGAGACAACAAACUCCUGCUCUAUGAGUUAUCCAACAUAAUCAAAACAGCAACAAAAGCUGAUAGUUUUGCACUUUAUUUCUUGGGAGAAUGCAACAAUAGUUUAUGUUUAUACACUCCAAGGGGGGCCAAGGAUGGCCAUCCAAGCCUCGUCCCGUCGGGCCCCAUCGCAUACGGGACAACCAUUGCCGCUUAUGUUGCCAAGACUCGCAAAACACUGCUAGUGGAAGACAUUAUGGGGGACGAGCGGUUUCCGGAUGGCACAGGGCAGGACUCAGGGAUCCAUGUUCACUCUGCCCUGUGUCUCCCCAUCCUCACUGCCAUUGGGGACCUCAUUGCUAUCCUGGAGCUGCAUCGGCACUGGGGCAGGAAGCCUUUCAACCUAAGACACCAGGAGGUUGCAACAGCAAAUUUAGCCUGGGCAUCUGUUGCCAUUCAUCAAGUACAGAUGUGCAGAGGCCUUGCCAAACAGACUGAGCUUAAUGACUUCCUACUAGAUGUGUCAAAAACAUACUUUGAUAACAUUGUGGCAAUAGAUUCUCUACUUGAACACAUUAUGAUAUAUGCAAAAAACCUGGUGAACGCAGACAGGUGUGCGCUCUUCCAGGUAGAUCACAACAACAAAGAACUGUACUCUGACCUGUUUGACAUCGGGGAAGAGAAAGAAGGCAAACCCGUGUUUAGGAAAACAAAAGAAAUAAGGUUUUCUAUAGACAAAGGAAUAGCUGGCCAAGUAGCUCGGACAGGAGAAGUUUUAAAUAUCCCAGAUGCCUAUGCAGACCCACGGUUCAACCGAGAGGUAGACCUCAAAACUGGCUACACCACGCGGAACAUCCUGUGCAUGCCCAUUGUGAGCAGAGGGAAUGUUAUCGGUGUGGUGCAGAUGGUGAACAAGCUAAGCGGAAGUGCCUUCACUAAAACCGAUGAGAACAACUUUAAGAUGUUUGCUGUCUUUUGUGCUUUGGCCUUACACUGUGCAAAUAUGUACCACAGGAUCCGGCACUCUGAAUGCAUCUACAGAGUGACGAUGGAAAAGCUGUCGUAUCACAGCAUCUGCACGUCAGAGGAGUGGAAGACCCUCACCCAGCUCAACCUUCCUGAACCCAUUUACAAAGAAAUUGAAACGUUUCAAUUUGACAUUAGUCCGUUUGAAGAUAUCUGGCCUGCUGUCUUCAUCUACAUGGUUCAUAACUCCUGUGGAAAAAACAGCUUUGAGCUGGAAAAGCUCUGUAGAUUCACCAUGUCCGUACGGAAAAACUACCGCCGUGUGCCCUACCACAACUGGAAGCAUGCGGUGACGGUGGCGCACUGCAUGUACGCCAUCCUACAGAAAACCACUGGGAUUUUUACCGAGCUAGAGAAGAAAGGUUUGUUGAUAGCCUGUCUGUGUCACGAUCUGGAUCAUCGGGGGUACAGCAACGCAUACCUGCAGAAGUUCGACCAUCCAUUGGCUGCUCUGUAUUCCACUUCCACCAUGGAGCAGCACCACUUCUCCCAGACUGUCUCCAUCCUGCAGCUGGAAGGGCACAAUAUUUUCUCCAACCUGAAUUCCAGCGAGUACGAGCAGGUGCUGGAGAUCAUCCGGAAGGCCAUCAUUGCCACCGACCUGGCCCUGUACUUCAACAACCAUCAGCAGCUCACAGAGCUCCUGACUACAGGCGGCCUGGACCUGAAUAACCACACCCACAGGGACCGUGUGAUUGGUCUGAUGAUGACAGCAUGUGACCUGUGUUCUGUUACCAAGCGGUGGCAAGUCACACGACUCACAGCUAACGACAUCUAUGCUGAGUUCUGGGCUGAGGGAGAUGAAAUGAAGAAGAUCGGAAUUCAGCCGAUCCCUAUGAUGGACAGAGACAAGAAGGAUGAGGUUCCCCAGGGCCAAGUGGGAUUCUACAACUCAGUGGCAAUUCCUUGCUACACAACACUUUCAGAGCUUUUCCCUCCAUCCGGUCCCCUCUUAAAAGCCUGCAAGGAGAACCUUAACCAUUGGGAGCAGAUAUCACGAGGAGAGGAGGAAGACAUUCUGCCCAUUCGGCCCUGUGAUUCAGGCCCCGUUAAGGUGGAUAACUGACUACCAAAGGGGUCUCUGACCCAACAAAGAAAUAAACAAACUAAAUCCUGCCACGGACCUGGACAUUUGACGGCGGGGGGUGAGGGGGGUUGUUGGAGGGGCAGGCAGGGAAGAACCACAUCCUGUGUCAGCAGGAGUUUGACUCGUUUAAAGCGGCUUGACUCUGAAUAACACACAGUUACCUCAUUGGGUGACGGAGGAGUCCACACUGACGGUUUCACCGAUCCCAGAGACUGACAGACGUCCGUCGGGGGAGGAUUUCAGCCCAUCGCCCUGCGUCUUCUCAGCUGGGGAAGUUUUAUUUGAUAGAAUGAUCUUGAGUCUUUUCCUGUAUUAUAUUUGGAUUUUUUUUGUAUUAUUUUAAUUAUUUUUGCCUAUUUCUUGUCAUUUUACUUCAUUUGAAAUGAUUCUGUUAUGGUCUUGUUUUUGAAGAGGCCUUACUCUAGCCCCUAAACAGGCUAGGAUAUGUGAAUUUUCCUUUCAGUUCAGGCUCUUUUGAAAUGGUACUCUUUGCCUUCUGUGUUGAGUUUAUUGCACUCGCACUACUUUAGCAAGAGAUUCCCAGAGACAGAAGGAAUGUGUAGAGCAGAUAUCUGGUAUAGCAACAUCUUACUGAAAAGGCGGAGAUUAGAAUGUGUUUGCAAUUACUCUUACUUUUUUUGUUCUUUUGGUUAAGAUCCUUUGCAGUACUUGAAUAUCUAAGUAUAUUCUAUGUGGAGAUUGUAGAAAUUCUCUAGAAAUAUGGAUGAUUUGGGAUCAGUCAUAAGAGAGUCACAUUGUUUAAAGUGUGAGGUGGUCCCUGCAGCUCCUCAGCCCUGAGCACUUAGAAACCAGCUGCACCAACAUCCCUCUGAUCGCCGGGAUCCAAACCCCACCCCUUUAUUUUAAGCCAAGACUGCAUUAUCCACGAUCGACACUCGCAUUUCCCUUUCAUUUAUUGCAUCAUCAAUAAUACUUGUGUUCAAAGUAAUAGCAGCGUGUUUUAAAAAUGGGCAAAGCUCAGAAAAGAGUUUUUUUUGGAACAUGGCACGUUUUAUUCCAAAACAACACAUGAAUAAAGAAAGCACCAAAUCUGGUUGUGAAAGAGAGGAAAAAGAGACGAUUAGCUGUUCAAAAACAGUAAGUAACAGCGUCUUUCUUUUCAAACUCAAAUUGUCUCCAAAAACGGCUUCUUAUCUGUGUUAAAUGGAGUCAACCCGACUUCUGCCAACUGUAAACAAUUGGGCUUAAAAGGCACUUUAUCUAGUAGGUUUGGAAUUACAAUACUGAACAGUUACUGGUAGUGUUGUUUUAACUAUUUAGUCCUUGGAUUGAUUUUCAUAACAAACAACAACAAAAAAAGAUUCUGUAAAUUAAAUAUUGUUAAGUUUAAUGUAGUCAUUGCAAUAGAUUUAAAUCCAGGUGUUUAUAUGAAAAUUAGAGAUAUCAAGCCUAAUUUGGCACAAAUAUGACUGACAGAUGGCAGCAAAGAGAUAUAAAGGAAUAAAAGUGGAAUAUGCAUCAACAGGCCUCAGUGUUUUAUAUAAGCCCCUUUGGUUGUGUGGUGUUUUCAGGUGGAAAAAAAAAAGAUUUCUUACCAACAAACUCUUCUUAGUCUUCAGACUCCAAAACAACCUCAGAUUAAUUAAUUUUUAAAUAUCUACUCCAUGUUUCUUAGGGGCAGUUGGUGUUUGAUAAGCUUUAAUCACUCCACCCUAACCCUUGAUGAAAGAAAAAACCCUUUAACAGCUGCAGUUCUUAGAGAGUGUCUAUUUAGUGAGUUUUUUUCGAUUUUGGUCAUUACUGGAUCAAUUGGAAUAGCAGUGCUCCAAUUUCUGCCAUUUGUUUGUAGCUUUCAUUUUAAAACUUAAACUGAACAUCAUUUCCAUUUGAAUCUAUUGAGUUACACUCUAAAUAGGAUUACACUAUUACCAGAAUGAGCAACAUUUGACUGCCUUCCUUUUCAGGAAAUGUUUUUUUACAUGUUUUUGUACAGAAUCAAUGAUCUUAGUUCUGUUAGUCUUCUGCUUCUCUACUUCACCAACAAGUAAACUGUGGAUAGAUUUCCUAAAGUGAUAACGGACUGCUGCUAUUUUGAACACAGCUAUAUUUCACGCCACUAAGCACAUAAACCAACCUUACAUUUGUUGAAGCUGACAUGCAGGAAUAACAACAAAUAAUAAUGAACACCAUUCAAGGUUUCCUAUGAUUUCAACCUAUUUAAAUCAUGUCUCUGGGAUUUUACCUAAGGAGUGUUCCUUUUUUUGCCACUGUGUGACACAUGGGCUGUAGUUUUAAAAAAAAAACUUUUUUUUCCUAAAUCAAACUAAGAAGAUAAGAUCGGACUCUUUUUAAUAAGUUUCCAAGAUCUUCCAAAAAGACAAACUGUUUUGUCCUCAUCUAUUUUUUCAAACUCAAGUCUCUGCUCAACUGUUGUAGUGUGUUUUUUUUAUGGUUAUUGUAUGGCUGGUACUGUACCCCCCCCAAACACCCACCCACCGCCCCCACGAGUGUUGUGAAUGCAUCACAUUUAUGAAUGUUUUCAUUGGUUGCAGAUUCCUGCUGGAGCUGCGUUUGUGUGCAUCAUCAGUUCCAUCUUCUAUGUGCUCGGUCUUACUGUCUUUUCAGAGUUGCUUCCAGUAAGCUUCAACCUAAGAGCAACAAUUAGCAUGCACCUUACAUAUAUUUAUAUGUAACUUAACUAUUUCUCUAUCUAUCUAUAUAUUUAUAGAUAUAUAUAUGUAGAUACAUAGAGAUAGUUUUGUAGGUAUAUACAUUAUGUACGUAUGUAUAGAGAGAGUGGGUGAGAGUUUGCAUUUGCAGUAAAAGGUGAGUAGUGUGUACAAACGAGGAAGAGAUGAAUGCCUUGAUGGUGCUAAAUGGAACGGCAAUUGUGCAGUUUCUCACUAGGUUUGUGGAACUGCGUGUGUGGACGCCUUCCUCUUUAAAUCACUCCAACCCCACCAGACAACAUUGUUGUAAAGUCGCUGCACUGUCCCUCCUCCUUUUCAGCACCAGUUAUAUCCCAUUGUCUGCACUAUGUUUAGCUUAUGAUCUUUAUCAUCAUCAUUAUUAUCAUUACUGUUUUUAUUUUCUUAGAGUUAAAUUUAAAUUAACUUAUAUUUUUUAUACAAAGAAGAAUAAUGUUUGCCUUUUUUCUGUUUUGUACAAAGUAAACAUUAAGAUAAAUUAAACAGUCUAGACAUGUUACUGUUACCAAGAAUAACUGAGGAAUGUCUCAACUGUAAAUGUAAGAGCCGUAGCCCAAAUGACUUUUAUUAAAUACAUCUUUGAAAAAAAAAA